GGAACGACAACUAGUCUCAAGAGCCAGCCACAACAAAGAGAUUGAAGAGCAACAAGAGCCAACACUGUCUGAACUUUUUUUGAAAUCCACAGAUCUUCAAGGGAGAAACUGUUCUUUUUUCUGUCGGUGAGAGAGCAUUAAUCUUCAUUGACUGUCUAUCUGGCGCAUUCUUGCAUCUUCGUUUACUUUCUGGACGACUUUUUCCUCCCCUUGGUCUCACCAUGAGAGGAGUUCUGGCUUUGUUUGUGUUGGGGAUGUGUAUGCUGGGUGGACAGUGUGUUCCCCUGAAGAAAUCUGUGUCUGUCACCUUCCCUGGAGAUGUCCUCAAGAACAUGACGGAUACAGAGCUGGCAGACGUGAGUAAUUAACAGAUGAAUAAAGAUUUUUAUCUAUGUCUAUGAACAGAUGCUUCAUUUGUCCUGUUUUCUGUUCUGAAGACAAAACACAUGACGUGAGGGUGGGAGAUUACUUUAUAGUCAUUAAAGACAUUUGGGGAUUGUCCAAUGUCUUUAUGUUUCAAACUAGAGGGACACUAAAUUCUGCAUAGUUGGACCUCAUUUUAUGAUUUGCAAUAAUCUCAUAAUUUGCUAUAAUCCAAUCCUCAUCGUGUAAUUUAUCAUCAGAGCUAUCUGAAGCAGACAUGUAUGUAUUAUAAUUUUACCUAAUUUCAUGAAUUUGCAAUGAUGUAAUUAUGGAAUAAUCUCAUCGUAUUCAUUAUUUCCUAUCUCCAGAGCUACCUGAAGAGGUUCGGCUACAUGAACGUCCAGCAACGCAGCGGUUUCCAGUCCAUGGUGUCCAGCACCAAGGCUCUGAUGAGGAUGCAGAGGCAGAUGGGACUGGAGGAGACAGGGACGCUGGACAAGUCUACGGUAGCAGCCAUGAAGGCACCUCGCUGCGGGGUCCCUGACGUACGCGCCUACCAGACCUUCGAGGGGGACCUGAAAUGGGACCAUCACGACGUUACGUACAGGUACAGUGGAAGAUGGGAAAGCAUAAAAAAAGAGCCAAAAGACUGCACGGCGUUAUGCUCCUAAUGCCUCUUGUUGUGUUCAUGUAUAUUCAGUAGCCCAGUAGCUAAGUGUAAUGAGAUACAUGUAUCAUUACAACCAUUUCCUGACUGAGAAAGCACAUUCCAGAGUUAUGUCCGACGCUGUGCUUCAACAGACUCGAGUUGGCUAUAGACAGCUGAAAUGGUGUGCAAAUAGCGCAUUGCAUAACAAUGGCCUACGAUACUAUCUAAUUGAAUCUGUGGAUGUUGACUGCAUAGUGAGUUUGACCGUACAAUCUUGCUUUUCUCUGUAGGAUCCUGAACUACUCUCCGGACAUGGGAGCCUCUCUGAUAGAUGAUGCCUUCGCCAGAGCCUUCAAAGUGUGGAGUGAUGUCACCCCUCUCACUUUCACGCGGCUCUUCGACGGCACCGCUGACAUCAUGGUGUCAUUUGGAAAAGCAGGUAAGAAGGGGGCUGCAGUACUGUAUGCAGCCUGGGAUCCAAACGGAUACUCUGUUUCACCAUUGUUUCACUUCAGUGAAACGGAGCAUAUCAGUUUGGAUUCCAGGCUAUGCAAUAUGUGCCAUACCAUCUGAUAGCGUCAAUUAAACAACCUCCGCCUCCCAGAACAUUUACAUUUAAAACAUAUCUCUAAGUUGAAGAGUACACAUCAAAAUGAAUCUUUAUUGAAGAAACAUGAAAGGAAGCAACUGAAUUGACCAAACUGAAAUGGAAUUGACCCCAACUCUGCAUGAAAUGAAUGCCAUUAAUUCAAUGCCUUGUUAUUUUCCAGACCAUGGAGACGGCUACCCCUUCGAUGGUAAGGACGGCCUUCUGGCCCACGCCUUCCCCCCUGGUGAGGGUAUACAGGGAGACGCCCACUUUGAUGAUGACGAAAACUGGACCCUCGGCAAAGGACCAGGUAAGCAUGGAGAUGUAUAGUCAAUCAUGGCUGUUUCAGUUAGGCAGUCAGUAUUUCAUGGAGCUAUGACUCCCCCUACUGUCCAUUUUAAGCAUUUUCUUGACUGAGAUUGAAAUGAAUUAUACGCCUCUGCCAACAUCUCCACAUCAUCUGUAGGAUUGAGUCCUUGAGCUGCAGUGAACCAUUUUAUUGGUAAAUUAGAUGUAUUUAAUAAUGUCGGACAUAGCUAUUAUUCACAAUUGCACCCAAUAAAAACAUAACUUUUUUUGUUCCAGCUGUGAAGACUAGCUUUGGCAACGCAGAGGGUGCUUUGUGUCACUUCCCUUUCUCCUUCGAGGGCAAGCAGUAUUCCACCUGCACCACAGAGGGGCGCUCUGACAACCUGCCCUGGUGUGCCACCACAGCCGACUACGGCAGAGACAAGAAAUUCGGCUUCUGUCCAAGCGAACGUAAGAUUGACAGCUAAUACUUGAGGGAAUGAUUGGUCAGAAAGUAUUUUUGACAGAGUUUGCUAUGACAUUUCUCUAAUCAUAUGCCCCCCUCUCUCUCUGUCUCUCUCUCUCUCUCUCUCUCGCGCUCUUUCACACACAAACAGUUCUGUACACAUUCGACGGAAACAGCAACGGAAAAGAAUGUGUGUUCCCUUUCGUGUUUCUUGGGGAGACAUAUGAAGGUUGCACGACGGAGGGCCGCAGUGAUGGAUACCGCUGGUGUUCCACCACAGACAACUUUGACAAGGAUAAGAAGUAUGGCUUCUGUCCCAACAGAGGUGAGGAGUGUCACUGUCACCACUACCAGACCUGGGUUCAAAUAGUUUUAGUUUUAUUUCAAAUACAGGAGUGGCAAAUGGGUGUGGUUUGCACUUUUGGGACUAUCCAUUGGUUCCAUUGCACCAAGAAAUAUCAAUCAAGCACAGCUAAAGUUAAAUAGUAAUUUAACCCAGGUCUGAUCGCUGUCACACAUACAUGAAUCACUAGCCUGCCAUCAGUGACACGUUCGCUAAUAGUGUUGUGUCUGUGUUAUGACAGAUACGGCUGUGAUUGGUGGAAACUCUGAGGGAGAGCCGUGCCAGUUCCCCUUUGUCUUCCAGGGGGUGAAGUAUGACUCAUGCACCAGCGAGGGACGGGGAGACGGCAGGCUGUGGUGCGCCACCACCAGCAACUUUGACGUAGACACGAAAUGGGGCUUCUGCCAAGAUCGUGGUGAGUGAUGUAGACAGCGUCAGUGCACCUAGCGUGCUGACUCAAACUGCUGGCAGUGCAUCUAUACCUGUUUCAAAACUAUUGUGCCGACUCGAACCGCUGAGUCAGAUCAUUUAUUUUCAAAUUGUCCUUUCCAGCAUGGUUCUAGGGGGGUGCGUAACCAGGCUAGCACUCAAUAGCGUGGAAAAUGUGUAUUAGUGUAGGUGCACUGGCCUGGUCCCAGAUCUGUCUGUGCUCUUGCCAACUCCGUUACAGUAAAUGUCAAGCCAAACAUGAUAAUGAGUGACGGGAAGUUAGCAUGAUAGUACAAACAUACUGGCACUCAGGCUAUAGGUGCACACCACAACUGACUUAAUGAUGUGUUUCUUCCCACUCACUCCUCUCUCAGGCUACAGUCUGUUCCUGGUUGCGGCCCAUGAGUUUGGUCAUGCCCUGGGUCUGGACCACUCCAACAUCAGAGAUGCCCUCAUGUAUCCCAUGUACGGCUACGUUGAAGACUUCUCCCUGCAUGAAGAUGAUGUUGAAGGCAUUCAGUAUCUCUAUGGUAUGAUAUUAUCACAAUAUGACAUGAUUAGAAAGGCAUUUCACUGUACUUGUGCAUGUGACAUUAAAACUUGAAACUUGAUUACACAAUAUCACUAGUCUGGUCCUAGAUAUGUGUGUGCUGUCUUGAGUGACAAACAGACCUCCCUCUGGGCACAGAUGUCAGUUUAACAUCUAGUUUUGAUUUACAUUUGGUUGAGUUGUCAACUAACUGUGAAUUCAACAUGAAAUCAACAACAAAUGUCACCAUGUAAUUAGAUUUAGGUUAAGAGUUGGGUGGAAAACAGACAAAAUGCCCAUACAUUGAUUAUUUUUUGUAAAUCCAAUCAGUUUUCCACAUUGAUUCAAUGUCAUCACAUAGAUCUUUUUGGGUUGAAAUGACGUAGAAACAAUGUUGAUUCAACCAGUUUUUGCCAAGUGGGCUGGGACCAGGCUGCAAUGUCAUGUGCUCACACAGGAUUCACAACAUACAGACAACAACAUAGUAUUUCCCUAUAUCACCACAGAGACCAGAUGGUAAUGGAACAAAAAUGACUAUAGUUAAGUGUUGUUCAUUUCAUUUAUUGCAUUCAUUUCCAAUAUCUUCCCACCCAGGAUCCAAGACAGGCCCUGACCCCACACCCCCUGGACCCAUCCCCACUAUUCCUUCACCUGGCCCUGACCCCAGCGAUGAGCCUGAGCCUGUGGACCCAUCCCAGGACCCCUGCCAGAUUAACAAGUUCGACACCAUCACAGAGAUUGAUGGAGAUCUGCACUUCUUCAAGGAUGGGUGAGCAACCUUUACACUGGUAAAACAAAUAUAAGGUUGCUUUGCGGUUCAACACUACAACCUUUUUGAGGUCUGUGAUGUUAAAUGGAUGUGUGCCCGUUUAAGAGCGCACAAGAGUUAUGGGCUAAGAGAGAGAGAACCUGAGAGAGAAACAUGAUAUAAUUAUGGGCUAAGGGAGAGAUAACCUGAGAGAGAAACAGGAUAGAAUUAUGGGCUAAGGGAGAGAUAACCAGAGAGAGAAACAGGAUAGAAUUAUGGGCUAAGGGAGAGAUAACCAGAGAGAGAAACAGGAUAGAAUUAUGGGCUAAGGGAGAGAUAACCAGAGAGAGAAACAGGAUAGAAUUAUGGGCUAAGAGAGAGAUAACCAGAAAGAGAAACAGGAUAGAAUUAUGGGCUAAGGGAGAGAUAACCAGAGAGAGAAACAGGAUAGAGUUAUGGGCUAAGGGAGAGAUAACCAGAGAGAGAAACAGGAUAGAGUUAUGGGCUAAGGGAGAGAUAACCAGAGAGAGAAACAUGAUAGAUGAUGUAAGAGUAUGGGACAGAAUGUAAAUAAACGAGCCCAGGGUUCACAGAUUCCUCCCGCUGGAUUCCCCUCUUAUUACUAAGAACAGCUACACCACGACAGCCAUAAGAGCUAUUCAACACUUUUUGGUUCUUUUAUAGCACCAUUUCUUCUAAUAGUGUAGCCCAUUCUCUUACAAUGUAAGUAAUAGCGAUGCAAUGUAGCUACAUUAAUAAUUGUGAUGUUUUUGCUGAUCCAACAGGCAAUAUUGGAGGUUGUCGAGCAAGACUGAUGGUGGACUGGAGGGUCCGUUCUCCAUGUCUGAGAGGUGGCCGGCUCUGCCAGCCGUCGUUGACACAGCCUUCGAGGACCUUGUGACCAAGAAAAUCUACUUCUUCUCAGGUAAAUAGAAUUCAGAUUUUACACACACACACACACACACACACACACUUCCCACCCCCACAGAUGACAACACUCUAACCUUUGUCUCUGUUGUCCCACAGGCACCAGGUUCUGGGUGUAUACUGGGCAGAGUGUCCUGGGACCCCGCAGCAUUGAGACGCUGGGUCUGCCCUCUACUGUAGCGAAGGUGGAGGGAGCAUUGCAGAGAGGGAAAGGCAAGGUGCUGCUCUUCAGCGACGAGAACUUCUGGAGGUGAGUCCAUCCCAAGUUCAUAUGGGAGGACGGGAUGUUGAGAUAAGGUUGUGGGAUUCAAGUUUUUGAAGGGAUCACACGCAUACUAGAAAUGUAUGCACUGACUGUAUUGUAAAUUGCUUUGGAUAAAAGUGACUGCUAAGUGGCAGAAUAUUAUUAGCUGUAUUAUCAUUUCAUAUAGCAAAACAAUUUAAAAUGUAACUAGAAGAAGAAGUGGAUGAAUAGAGCUCUGUGGAGGGUUAGCUGUAUAAGUAUUUACUGUAUCUGUAGGUCUGUGUUGUAAUGAACAAACCAAAUGUGUCUGAUCCUUACAGGCUGGAUGUGGAGGCCCAGAAAAUCGACAAGGGAUAUCCUCGCUUCACAGACCUGGUCUUUGUAGGAGUCCCCGUUGAUGCCCAUGAUGUGUUCCAAUUCAUGGGUAAAUAUUCAACUACAUUCCUCCACUCACACUGUAGACCCCCCCCCCCCCCCCCCCUCCCUCCCUCCCUCCCUCCCUCCCUCCUGUAAUUGGAACCAUGACAUCAAGACACUUCACACUGCUGUGUACCAUCAUGUGUACUAAACACACAACACAUGAAAGAAGGUUCAUCCUUGUGAUUGUUUUGUAUUGUAGGCCACUCCUACUUCUGCCAGGAUGACAUCUACUGGCGAAUGAACUCUAGGAGACAGGUGGACCGUGUGGGAUACGUGAAGGACGACCUCCUGAAGUGUACCGACUCCUCUAACUAG